UGGACGGAAGGUUUGUUGAUUGUCAUUGUCAUAUUUCUGCUCAAGAGUUUGACAAGGUAACUCCCGAAGCUUAUGUUUUAUAGCCAAUGUUUAUUAUAGCCCAGACAUAUCCUGGCUGAUGAGCUGGCCAGCUAGGCUUAAAAUCAGCUAGGACUUGAGUUCAAUACCGGUUAACUUUGAAAGCUAGCGACAGUAAGUUAGCCAGCUACAGUAAUGAAUUUAGUAUGUAUAGUUGCCUUGAUAAACUGGGGAACCAUUGUCUCUUUUUAUACUUUUAGAGUAGUCGAUUGUUUUGCCACGAACCUUUUGAGGAAUUGCUUUGUGAGUAAAAGGAAUGUGUCAUGUUCUCCUUUUUCACUAAACCCUAUUAUCUAAAAGCUAGCUGAAUAAAUAUCACGUUAUAAUUUCCCUUGACGUACGAACCCAUGCGUCUUAAUUUGACCGUUUUGGCCUUAAUUACCUCAGCUUUUUGGCCACAAAAUACAAGAAACAUUCUUGUAAAGGAACAUAGUUUAUUCCAGGCAUAUUCUUAUACAUUUUAUUUGAAAAAAAAAAAAAAAAAAAAAAUCGCAAAAGCAUUAUUCUUAAAAAGCCAGAGAGAAAAGCCUUGAAGAUAUCUACAACACAAAAAUUCAAGACCCAAGUCGCUCACACACAGCAGGAAGGAAGCCCAUUUCUUAAUCAUUUCAGCUUAGUAGUAGACCGAAGAGCCCUUACUCUUCCUUAUCCUCGCCGUGGGUGAUGGUGUAGCUGAUGUUUUUGUAGUCAAUGUUCCCGGCCAGGUCAGGCGGGAAGGCGGACCACAUGUUUUUCAUUUCCUCUUCACUAAAGCGGUUGCACUGGGUCAGUAACAGCUCCUCGAGGUACUCCUUUUUGAUGGUGCCCUUGCCCUCGGGGUCCAGGACCCUGAAAGCAGCGGUGAUGGUGUCUUCUGGGUCCGAGCCCUUCAGCCUUUCGCCGAACAUGGUGAGGAAGGUGGUGAAGUUGAUCGGCCCUUUGGCCUCCUUCAUCAUGGCGUCCAGCUCCUCCUUUGGCACGUUGAGGCAGCCCAUGGCCGCGUAGGUGUCCAUCAGAUCCUCCUUGGUGAUCACCCCAUCGCGGUUCUGGUCGAUGACAGUGAAGGCCUCCUUCAUCUCCUGGAUCUUGCUCUGGUCAAACAUGGUGGUGAGGUUGCUGGCGGCCGCAGCCGAACGUCUCUUGGGGGCCAUGGCUGAUGAGUUGAAGGGCUUCCGUUUCUCCUGUGUCUGCCUCUGGCUUCAUCAACCAGACUUAGAAGAUGUGAUACAGAGAAGCAGAGAGGCUGGAGUGAAGACUCUGGUUUCAGUGACAGAAAAGGCCAGUGAGUUUGAAAGAGUUAUACAGCUAUCUAAAAUCUACCCUGGUCUGGUGGCACCAUGCUUGGGGAUCCAUCCUGUUCAAGGCUGUGGUGGCCAGGAUCUGCGCAGUGUGAACAUGCAGGACUUGGAGCCUGCCCUUCCCCUGUUUCAGAAGUACAGGGAAGACAUUGUGGCAGUUGGUGAGAUUGGUCUGGACUUCACACCAUGGUAUACGCCCCACUCCCAGAAUCGUGAGGAGCAGCAGUCGGUCUUCAGAAAGCAGCUUCGGAUAUCCAAAGAGCUCCAUUUGCCUGUGAACAUCCAUUCCCGAUCAGCUGCAAAGGUCACCAUAGAUAUCCUGAAAGAGGAGGGUAUUAGCCGUGCUCUGCUGCACAACUUUGCAGGGAGGCCUUCGGUGGCCCUGGAGGGGGUAAAGAUGGGCUAUUACUUCUCCUUCCCCCCGGCUGUCCGCAGGAAUGAGCAGAGAGUCAGGCUGAUUAAACAGAUCCCGCUGGAACAUAUCUGCCUAGAGACAGACUCCCCUGCCCUGGGACCCGACAAACAUGUCAGAAAUGAACCCAAAAACAUUGCUUUAUCAUGUGAGUAUAUUGCACAAGUGAAAGGAAUCGCAGCAGAGAGAGUCAUCGAGGCCACCACACAGAAUGCACUCAGGUUAUUCCCAGGAAUUAAGAGGAGCACAGAAAAAUAAGUGUCCAAAGUGCUGCAAUUAAAGCAGUAAUAUUGUGUAAUUAUUUUUAAAUAAAGGUAUUUCUAAUAAAAA